AUGUACUCAUUAUAUUUAGAUUUUUGCAAAGACAAAAAUAUGUUGCCCGUUAAAAGUAAUAAGUAUAUAUACAGAAAUAUUUUUUGUACUCAAUACAACCUCUCGUUUUUCACCCCCAAAAAGAAUCAGUUCAGUAUUUGCCCAAAAUAUAAUUCCGCAAUGGAAGAUGAACAUCUUAAGAAAGUGCACGAAGAUCAUGUGACUAGGAAAGAAGAGUGCUAUCAAGAAAAACAAGAAAAUAAAAGAAAAGCCAACGAUGACGAAAGUUUUCAGACAAUUACGUUUGAUUUGCAGAGUGUGCUUCAACUACCAUCAUAG